AUGAGUUGCCUCCGUGCUUGCUUCGGAGGCAGGGGUCCUCGUGCAGAGAAAGAAGCUAUGAAAAGGCAAAAUUCUGGCCAGGAGCAUGAGAUUAUUGAAUUACGUGAAGAUCAUGUGGAAGAAAAUGAGGGUGAUCAUGACAAGCCUCUAAACGUUGAAACGAGAAAGGAGAGCGAUCACUGGAAAUCAUGUGGGAAUGUAGUUUUUUGGAGGUGUAAGCUAUGGAUGGUUAUAACCACAGUUUUUCUAGUAUUCUUCCUGGUCAUUCUCAUCAGCCUAGUUCUUUAUUCUAAUGUUUACACCGAUGAGGAUGACUACUGGGAUUCUGAAGCACUACUAAGUAGUGGAAAUUUUCACAAUUUUUCAGGAACAUUGGAGUUAAUAUGUCAUCUCCCACACCUUUUCUCUGAAGACAUUAUUACUAACAGGUUAACAGAUGUCUACAGUUCAUCUCCAGCUCUAGGACGCUACUUUAGGUCAGCUCAGUUGAUUAAUUUCAGUAAUGAAAGCUCCACUGUGCAUUAUCAGCUAAAGUUUUUAGUACCACCAUCAACAGAGGGGUUUAUGGAAAACACAAUGAACCCGGAUUUUAUAAGGAAUGUUUUACGUCAAAAUAUUUAUGAUGAAGAUGAUCCUGGGACAUCUGAAUGUAACAGGUUAAUGUUUGACCCGACUUCUCUCAAAUUAACAUGUAAGUACUAUACAUUAAAGAGACUGUUUACGAAGAGCAGAAGUAUUUACUUGAAGUAA